UUCACCUGCCUCAUUUAUUUAUUUUACUUUUUCCACCCGUCAGGCGUCUUGAGUAAAUCUUUCAACAAUCCUCUCGCUAGAUUUCCGAUUUCAGUGGAGCCUGCAUCGGAGUCGGAAACCUGCCAUUGACCUCGGGGAACAUUUUCCACAAAGGACUUGCCAGCGAGACGUGGUUCAUUGUGUGUAAGAAAAUAUGCCAUCCUAACUGCAGACGAAUUAAGAAAGAAACGAGUCUCUUGAAAUAAUGAUGGAACUGUUCUCACUACUAAAGAGGCUGUGGCUGAAGACACAUAAAAAUAAUGUUUAGGGUCAAUAAACGUGUUUGUUGAUUCAUCAGUUUUCAGAUUCAAAAAGUUGGCAACUGAUCAAGCGAUGUUUGUGGCAUGGUGAUGGAGGCUGCCACCCUGAGCGGUCCUCAUCGGAAGUGCGCGGUCGUACCUGUUCAGAAGAGUCUCAGCCUCCCCUCUUACGCGAGGGCUGGUGGUGAAGGCAUUGAUCACAAGCUCAUCUUCGCCGCACUUGAGCAAAAAGAAAGAGUUCGGAGAAAAAGUCGGAUAUUCGCCCCGCGCAAAGAGAAGUGCGAUCGUCCAAGCCACCUAUUCUGCCUGCCCAUCCCAUCCUCUGGUGCGAAGUGCAGAGAGACUUCACUCAGUUCCGAUACGUCCUGUUCGUCGCUCGAGUACAAGAAGAGCAGUCCCGUUCUUACCAGAAAAGAAACAGUUCCGAAGCCCAGAAAGGGUGACGCCUCCAACUCUGGAAAGGAGGAUACUACCAAAUCAGAUAAGGAAAGCACAUUAAAACCAUCCAAACAAGAAACUUCAACAUACGAAACUGCCACCACGAUUAAAUCCGAAAGUAAAACGACGGCAAUUUCCAGUCGUACGCAUCAAAAUGCUAUCGACUGGGAAGCCAAUCUGUCCCGAACAAAACCGGGAAUAAACUCGAAUCAGAAAAUCUCUGAGAACCGAAAAGAUCAGCGCAACUCAAUGGACACUUUAAGGUUAACUGUUUGCAGCAGUGACAGCAUGGAGAGAUCCUCGCGCAGUUCCAGUGACAGUCUUAGUCGCAAGGAAAGAAUGAUAGCUCUCAAAGCUCGGGUCGAAGCAGCAAGAGAAAAGUACGGGAACACCUCCUCUUCAGAAGAGGAGGCUGAAUCCCGUUUAGCUAUAACCCGUUAUAACAGCGACGGAGUAAUCCACAGAUCCGUUCGUGAUGUGAAGUCAAGGUCCUACCUUCGUGAGAAAAGACUCCGCAGAAGAUCACAGGACGAGUUUUCCGUCAAAAAAGUUCAACGAAAGCAGAAUUUGAGUCUCUCCAUAAAUCCUGAAGGGGAUGGUAUUCGAUUAGAUUUGGAAAAAUCCUCCAGGACUCAAUUUUCCAACAACAAUUUGGAUAUCAAGACAGAUUUCUGCCCAUCGCCGAAUUUCCCAGAUAUGCUUAAGAAGAAUUAUUUCAGCGAUUUUCCUAGCAAGGAAAACGCCAUGCAUUUCGUGCAAGCCCGGAUCCGUCAUAUCGAGGACGAAGAAAGGAAACGUAGAAGUGGUUCUGAUUUUCAUGAGAGAUUCGGAAUUCAGAAAAUGCAAAACCAUGAAAAUUCGGAACUUAUGGCUUCUACGGAACUUAGACGCCCGUUUGAAAAACCAAAUGAACUGUCCAAUACCAAAUCAGAAAUUAAAACAUCGAACUUUGAUCUUGCUAUGCGCUCGUCGCCCAUUCCAAAAUCUGCUCCUACUCCACCUCCACGAUCUCCUAAAUCAAUGACUUUUAUUAAUAAGGCCCUCAUACAGCACCAAAACUCUUUGAUUCUGAAUCAGGAGAACAGUUUGGAACGCAAGAAAGUAUUUUUAUCCAACGUUCCUGCAUUGUCUUAUUCUCAAAUAUUUGAAAAAUUUGAUUCUAAAAUAGAUUUAUCUUCUGGAGAGGCAAAAUUCACGGAUUCACCAAAUAAUACUUCUGAAAAACAAAAAAUUAAAGAACUAUUCAGUUCAAGAAGAAAAACUUGUGGAAAUUUCGAUUUCAUUGAUAAUAAUAUCUUAGAUGAAUUAUGUUCUAUAGGUAACUCGGUUUGUUCGACUACUUCAAAUCUAACUGCCAACAAAAAAUUUUCUUCUGCAUUGCAAAUCAAGAAAACUGAAAAUAAAGGUUAUUUUUCAAGCACUGAAACUCCGGGUUUUCCAUCUGAAGAUGAUGCUAGGAAUAAAAUGUGGAAAAGUAAAUGGCAGGAAAUUGAACAGAGGAAAGAAUAUAUGUUUAACAGUCUCGAAAACAGAAAAAAGUCUAAUUUUCCCUCUUGUGGGAAAUGGAGAGCACCACCUAGUAAAACUGAAACUUGCCUUUGCCAUUUGUUUCCUGAGAGCAAGUUAUCGUGCUCCUGCAAAUCUGAGAGCAAACAGAUGCAUUCAAGUGCAUCCGAUACUUCCAAGUUGGAGGCUUUCAGUUUGGUGAAUCCGAAAGAUGUGUCUUCUCUUCCUGUCAGGUAUUCGUCUAGCAAACUCAAAUUAGAUACUAAUGCAGCUGGCAAUGAUUUGACUCUAAAGACAAGUAAAGAUCAACAAUUAAAAUUAAUUCAUCUAACUCGUGAAAAUAUUACUAACGGAGAAAGUACCCUCAAAAACGAAAAUACUGAAAAACUGUCUGCUGCUGCUAAUUUAGAUAGUGCUAUGGAAGAAUUGGAGAAUGUGUAUCGGAGUUUAAAAAUGAGCAGUGAUAAUCUUUCCGACAGGAACAGCAUAUCGAAUAUUUCUUUAAGCGAUGAUGAAGUUAAAUUUCCAAAGCCAAAGAAUAAAGAUAUUUUGGGAAUAAACGAUUCUCGCUUUCCACGACGAUCAUCUGUUUGUGAAACAGGCCUUGGCUCAAAUAAGAAUUUUAAUUAUCACAAACCAACUAUAUGUUCUCCACUAAAAUACGUGUUGCCUGUCUCGAAUGAUAAAAAUUCAGAAAUAAACCAAUGUUCUAUUGAUGAACUCUUUAACGAUUUGACACAACAAUUAGACCUCGAACAAAAACUUCUAAAAGAUCCGAAGGAUAAUCGGUACCAACAACCAAAACUUUCUCUUCCAGCAAAUCGGUUCGACAGCCCUAAACGUUCGAAUAAACCUUCACCGCAAGUUAGCCUUCAUAAAGAAUUUUAUGAAAAUCUUUGUAAAAACAAUCGCGAUCAGAUCACCAAAAAUCAUAGUCCACGUGUUUCUGAAAAUGGCACCUCUAGUUCUGUCGAACCUCCCGACAAAAAACGGCAGAAAGCAGUGCGUUCACUUUCCGAAAAUAUAUCUUAUCUGAUGUCUACGGCUCAUUUGGAUUCAGAUGACAAAAAAACAAGUGAUAAUACUCUUAAAACAAUGCAAACAGAUCAGCCCUUGCAAAAAUGCUACGAUCGUAUUUUGCCCGAUACAACAACAAAUUUUGGAUCGAAACGAGAUACAAAUUUCAACCAAUCCAGUCUCUCAAAUAAAUCCGAAGAAAAGUCUCUAAAUCUGAAGAGAGAUGAGAUUCGACAUAUUCGAGUUUCCAUGGAUACGAACAUUCUCCAAUCAGAUUCAAUAACCUCUUCAAAUUCGUUUUCGGACUGCAAACAGUAUCCCAGCCUUAGUUCUGCCGUCAGUGCUACGCAAUCGAGUGGCAAGUCUGAAAUUCCCAAACCCUGUCUUCCAGAACAAAACUAUGAAUCCAAAGAGAACCUUGACGUCUUAGACGAGACGGGGCUAGAAAAACUCCUGAACAGUCUUCUGGGCGAGGUUCCUGAACGCCAGUCUAGUCUGUCCCAAACGAAGGAUCUGGAACCAACAACUCCGCCGCCUGUUGUUCCAGGAAAACUCCAGAAUGUGACAAUUAAUAGAAGUACUGCACUUCAGAAAAUGGAUGCCUGUUUUGCUUCAAAAGGAAAAAGCAAAUCUCCAGGAACUGAGAGUUAUUUAAAAAAUGUAAAAUCUGAAGAACAUGCUCAAAAAGUCACUUUCCGCCAAAAUGACAAUUCUUUAAAUCAACCAUCUUUCAUACCAGUUUAUACCAAAAAGACCGACAUGUGCCAUAACUUUACAAAAAAUUCAGCUGAAGAUAAAAAUAAACCUGGACAAGUUGAAUCUUCAGAAUCUGUGAAAUUAUUAAAUAACUUGCACUCUCCACCACCAAGACAAAAAUGCCUUACUGAUCAAAUUCCUGGAAUGGCUUGGAAUACCCAUCUGAGAAGGCGAUCUGUUGGGUUUGAAGAUGUAGCAUCUUUAUCUCACAAUUAUGGUUUUAAUCUAGCAAAUAAAAGAAUGCAAUCUGCAGCUGUAAAUUGUAACAUCCCAGCAGAAUCAGCUCUUAGACCGAAUAACCAGUUGAAUUCAGAAAAUGAUAAAAACAUUUCUUAUGGAAAAGAAAAUAGUAGUGAAAGAGGAUUCAUAUCAACAAUCAAUCAAAAUUCUCAGAUAACUGAAAAUGAGAAUAAUGGUUUCUUGCAAGACACUAAACCGUCACAGCAGUUGAAGGAUAAGAGUUCCAAACGUAAAUCUAGUCUUAAUAGAAUGGAUUUCCUGGAUUUUUCUUCAGCAAAUACUGGUAAUGCUGGGCAGCAAAAGGUAUCCAGUCAGCAGAAAAAUAAUAGUUCCUCUGAUGAAGGAAGUGAUCAACCUAAAUCUGAGUUCCUAUCAAGCAAAAGAAAACAUAUAUCUUCAAGUCAAUCUCCUUCAAAAGAUGCUAAUAAACAAACCAAUGAAGUUCCUCUUCAGUCUAAUUCUAGGGGAUUUAAAAGUGGAGUACAUCUACUUCCAAGAACACUUCAAAACAAUCAUGUCAAGUCCCGACACCAUAAAAGAAUUCAGUCUGCUGCCACACAUUUGCAGAAAUUUUCGCAUUCUGCUGGUGAACUGGAGUCAUUGACAGACCUAUCUGAAGCAGCUACACCAUCCAAUAAAAUCUGUCUUUCAGCUCAAGAACUGGAUCCAUCUGAUGGCUCAGGGAAGUAUUCAAAGAAAACUCCAUCUUUAAUUAAAAAAUAUUCUCCUGUUCUUCUAGCAAAAUCUGCACCUUUAAGUGCUGAAGUCUCAAAAAAUAGCAAUGGAAAUGCUAGUCAUUACAGCCUGCUAUCAGAUGCUCCAGAAAAUAAUAGUAAUAUGACAGAAGUAAGCUCAAAAGUUGCAUCACUGACUUCAAAAAAUAGUUCUGAUAAAGAAGGUUUUAUCAUUGAACAAGCAUGUAAAAAUGAACCUGCAAGUGAAGAUAGACCUGUUUUGAGUAGUUUAGAACUAAAUGGAGCCUUGAAUUUGAAACAUAUAGAUAGCAGAAGUGAAGAUGAUGCUGAGGUAGUUGAAUCUACAGUUUCUCUGAAAAAUCUUGAUAUAUCAAGUGAAGUGAGUUUUGAUAAUGAAAUAUACAUAUCUGCUGAUGACAACUGUGAUUAUUCUGAAUCAGAUACUGAAAGACGUCCAAAUUCCAUCCUCAGGAGGAAAGUCACUGAGGAAAAAAAGGAGCUGCAUGGUAUCUUAAAACCAUCUUCAGAUGAAAAGCAAUCUAAAACACCUCCUCAUUCUAUUUUAAAGCAUCGAGAAAGUUCAGAAGAAAAAGAUGUAUGGCAGCAGGGGGACCUUCACUCCAUCCUCAAGAAAUCUACUAGUGAAGAUGAGAGCUGCAAUAGUGGCCCUGACAUCCGUCCUAUUCUCAAAGUGAGCACUGAUGAUGAAUCCCCUACAUGCUCGAUGUUAAGGCCUCGACCUAUUCUAAAAAAAAGAACCAGCUUCAGUGAAGAAUGUUCCUAUGCCAGCUAUCCCAAUGGAGAACUGAAACCGAUUCUCAAGAAAAAGUCCCCUUUGGCUUCAGAUGAUCAGCCAAGACCAAUCCUCAAAAGUCGACGAAAAAGUGAGGACGUGCGAUCGACCACAUCCGAGUUCGUUCCCAGCCGUCCAAGAGCGUAUUCUGCUGAUAUGGGUGUUAAACCUAAUCUCGAAACUCGAUUUGAUUCCCAAGAAUCAAAUAAAGAAGAACUUGGCAAACCAGAGGAUAAUGAUUUAUAACAUUACUACCACUAUAGUCGACUCAUUAUAGUUUAUUUAUAUUCUCAUUUAAGAUUUAUUUUGUUGUAAAACUAAUUUUCUUUCUAAUAAAGAAGAUAAAUAACUUAUUAAUAUUUUUCAACAGAGAAUAACAUGUGGUAGAGUUAUGUUUUAAAUUACUAAAUUAAUCAGUACUUUCAUUUAUUCUAAAAUGCUCAUUUAAUUCUACUGAAAGAAUCAAAUUUGUAAUUUUAAAAAGUUCUGCUUUUCUGCUGCUGCUUUGCUGUAUUUGCAAAAUUAAAAGAUUAUGAAAUUUAAAAAGCUUGUAAGAAAUUUCAAUUCAUUCAUUUCAAGGGAGAAAAAACUGUAAUGUAAAUACUUUUAGAAAAUUACAGCACAUGCUUAAAAUAAGUCUUAAAUGAGAAUAGCUAUCGAGUCUACUGUAUAUGGUUUCUUUCGUAACUAUUUUUUAAAAAAUUGCUACUUUUGAGAUUAUGUACAUUUUUUUUAAAGAAGAUUUAAUAUCUCACAUAUGUGUACAUAUUUUUUCAAGCUUUUAUAUUUGAAGUUUAUUGUAAUAUAUAUAUAAAGCUGUAUACUAUUUCAGUUUUAGAUUUUUUUUUUUUUGGAAGUUAGUUGUAAAUUGAUUGUAUUUAAGAGUAUGAGUUGUCUGGUCCAAGUGUGUUAGUGUAGUUAAAUUUAUGAAGUGUAUUUCAUCCUCACAAUUCUGAAAUAAAAUUGAAAAACUAAUAAAUAAAGCUUACUGUUUUCUGGAAGAGAUUUAUGCACCUUUAGAUUAUAGAAUUGAUUACCACAAAACUGAAUUUGCAUGCAUAAAUUUAUAGGCAAAUUAAAAAUAUCUAAUGAUUUUAAAAUAGAUAAAAAAAAUUCACUUAGUGUAAUUAAUAGACAUUAAUUUAGGGGGAAAAAGCUAUAUUUUUAAGUUGCAACUGUGAAAAUUUUUUAAUCAACUUUUUUGUCAUUAAAUUAAAUUUUUCAAUUAUCUUUG